GUCUCCUUCAGACCUCCGAGGGCGCCACCAGCUCCCACUCUCCUGUGCCCGGCUCGCCGACGCCCGGGUGGCCCCACAGCUGAGCUCGCCGCGGUUGCCUCCCUGGCCCCCGCUAGCCAUGAGCAGCGCGCGCUCCCUGGUCCUUUUCUCCUUGAUUGCCGUUUGCAGGCGCGGGGACUGUCACGUGGCCAAUGCUGAGGAGAAGCUCAUGGACGACCUUCUGAACAAAACCCGCUACAACAACUUGAUCCGUCCAGCCACCGGCUCCUCCCCGCUCAUCUCCAUCCAGCUGCAGCUCUCCCUAGCCCAGCUCAUCAGCGUGAAUGAGCGAGAACAGAUUAUGACCACCAACGUCUGGCUGAAACAGGAAUGGACUGACUACCGUCUGGCCUGGAACAGCUCCCGUUAUGAGGGUGUAAACAUCCUGAGGAUCCCUGCAAAGCGCAUCUGGCUGCCUGAUAUUGUGCUUUACAACAACGCUGAUGGGACCUACGAGGUGUCUCUCUACACCAAUGUGAUGGUCUGCUCCAAUGGCAGCAUCCUGUGGCUGCCCCCUGCCAUCUAUAAGAGUGCCUGCAAGAUUGAGGUAAAGCACUUCCCCUUUGACCAGCAGAACUGUACCCUCAAGUUCCGCUCUUGGACCUAUGACCAUACAGAGAUUGAUAUGGUCCUCAAGUCACCGACAGCCAGCAUGGAUGACUUUACCCCCAGUGGUGAAUGGGACAUAGUGGCCCUUCCAGGGCGAAGGACAGUGAACCCACAAGACCCCAGUUACGUGGAUGUGACUUACGACUUCAUUAUCAAGCGCAAGCCACUCUUCUACACCAUCAACCUCAUCAUCCCCUGUGUGCUCAUCACCUCGCUGGCUAUCCUUGUUUUCUACCUGCCAUCUGACUGCGGUGAGAAGAUGACGCUGUGCAUCUCCGUGCUGCUGGCGCUUACAGUCUUCCUGCUGCUCAUCUCCAAGAUCGUGCCGCCCACUUCCCUUGAUGUGCCGCUCAUCGGCAAGUACCUCAUGUUCACCAUGGUGCUGGUCACCUUCUCUAUUGUCACCACUGUCUGUGUGCUCAACGUGCACCACCGCUCACCCAGCACCCACACCAUGGCUCCCUGGGUCAAGCACUGCUUCCUACACAAACUGCCCACCUUCCUCUUCAUGAAGCGUCCUGACAGCUGCCCCUCUGGGGCCCCCCAGCCCAGUCAGUCUCUCCUGACUAAGUCCAGAGCCACCACCACUACCGUGGCCAUGGGACCUGCCAGCCCUUCCAACCUCUAUGGGAACUCCACGUACUUUGUGAAUCCUGCCACUGCAGCUCUCAGGUCUCCAGUUGGCUCCGACUUGGCGGGUAUUCCCAGGGAUUUUCGGCUGAGGUCUUCUGGGAGGUUCCAGCAGGAUGUGCAGGAGGCUCUAGAGGGUGUCAGCCUCAUCGCCCAGCACAUGAAGAGUGAUGACCAAGAGCAGAGUGUUGUUGAAGACUGGAAAUACAUGGCUAUGGUGGUGGAUCGGCUGUUCCUGUGGGUGUUUGUGGUUGUGUGUGUGCUCGGCACUGUGGGGCUCUUCCUACCUCCCCUCUUCCAGACCCAUACACCUUCUGAGGGGCCCUAAGCUGCCCUGUGUCCGGGGGCCCCUGGAUUUGUGAAGUGAGAUGAUGUGAGUGGUCAGGUGGGCAGUUUGCUGCUUCCUUCCUAUGGCUGAUGAGCCCCUAAAUAAAUGAGGCCAGCAGCCAUGGCUGAGGCAGAGGCAAGGAUGGGGGUCCCAGACUGAACUCCCUGAAGGCCUUGGAGGAGCCCCAGGAAACCCCAGCAGGAGGGGGUUUUGGACAGUUUGUUUCUGGCUAGUUUUCCUCCCCAGCUGGGGAGGACGAGCACCAAAGCAGCAUCUCACAUGUGCCAUGCAUCUUGCCUGCACCCCGGCCUACCUCUUUUCCAUCUCCCCACCCAUUCCCACCACUCCUCGUCCCUGAGGCUCACAGGCCUCUUUCAGCCCCUCAUACAUGCCCAAAUCCUUCCCAGCUUAUAGCCUUUGCAUGCACUGUACCUUCUCAAACCUUCCCAAGAGCCUCCUACACUCUUCCCAAGGCCACAUCACUCAGUACUCCACUCCAAUCCCUCCUGUGUUCCACUGUAACCCCCUCCAGUCACUUAUUCUAAAGUGUUCUCCUCCCAUGGCCACAUGUCUCGACCACCUCCCUGCAGCACCCGUCAGUACCUGAUGCCCUUAUUUAGUGGCAUGUUCAUUGUCCUCCUCUUACCCACUAGAGUCUGAGCUCUGUGAGAGUAGGGACCUGGUAUUCCCUGCAGUAUUCCCAGGGCCUAAGACAGAGCCUGGCAUAUAGUAGGUGCUCAAUAAAUGUUUUUUUUGA